AAGCGGGUGCAGGGACAUAGUGAGAUAGGCUAGGGGACACAGCAGGGGGGCAGACAUGGGGGAGCAUUAUACAGGGUCAUGGGGGGUGCUGCACCAGGGCUGCCUGAUACACAGAGGUACCCACCACAUAAAAACCCAGGUCAGACUCCUCCCUCAGUUUCCCCAAUGCCCCCUUUGCCUGGUCCAUCCCACAGGUUCUGUUUACACAUCUCCUCCAGGCCACUGUUGGGGGUGAGAGGGGGGCUCUGAGUCUGCCCUGGGGACCCAGCCCAGGACUCUGCCCUGCACCCCACAGCCACAUGCCAGUCCCCCACCCCCUGUCUUGCUUGCCAUAUGGUAGAAGGACUUGGUUCCUGGGGAGCCUUUGUGUCCUGCUUGCAGACUCAGAGGCCAGCCCCCCCACACACACAGGGGUCCUUCCCUGCCCUGUCCUUCGUGAGGGUUCCCAGCUAUGGCCUCUGCUGCUCCUAAUGACCCCAGCUCUGCUUCCGGGGACCUAGUGAAGUGCCCAACUGGACACAGGCCUGUGGGCCACCCUAUCCAGAAAAAGCUGUCCCUCAGUCACCCCAGAGCCUUCCCUAGCAUGCCCAGCCCCCUACUGGAAGGCUGGGGGGGGGUUGUCCUGCACACGGCAGAAUGGCCAGGAUGGACAUGCCCCUGCUGCAGCCAGGUCCAGGCUCAUCAUGUGGGGCUCCCUGCCAUCCCGCUUGUACCUGGGGUGCCCAGACUGUCUGCAGUCAUGCCCCCCAGACUGUCCUCCCAGGGCUGGGCCGGCCUCUGCCUGUGGGGCCUCCUGCCCUUGAAAACCCCCCCGCAAACAGAUGGUCCAUUGUCCCCACCACCACCACGGGGAUCCCCUGGCCAGAUGUUCCAACAAAAAGUGCUACAGCCUGUUGCCUACUACAGCUGGCAGGCAGGAACAGGGCACCAGCUCAGGGGCAGCUGCAGGGCAGGGCAAAGGCCACAUUGGCCCCAGGUCCCAAUCUUGUCCCUCUACCUGUCACCUCCCAGGCUGAUCAGGUGGGUCUCAGGACUGCUCAGGCAGGGUCCCCAGAAUUUAACUCAGAUCAGGCAUCCCCCCUACGUCCCAACCCAGCAGGCCCAGGGGUCCUUGGACACCAGCCCAGGGGACACGUCUGGGGAGGUGGGACAGGGAGGAUCCAUGGGCUCAACCCCUGCCCAACGCAGGGACUUCAGGGUUGUGGGCAGCACGGUUGCAUGCUGUGUGACAAGAAUGGGCUUGGGGACCAGUGAGUAAUUGCCCUACUUGGCUCCCAGAGGUCAAAGGUCACAUCCAGGCAGGCCCUGGGCCAGGAGCUGGGGCUGAAUCAUUAUGAGUGGUGGUGGUGGGUGGGGGGACUUGGCCCCCCAGAUUUCAAGAGCACCAGAACCAGGGUGCCCACAGCCAGGGUGUCCAGGCUCCAGCAGGAACAUCUUGCUCCAAGCAUGUGCUCCCGUGAGUAAUCUGUUGCACCCGGCAACCCCCACCUCUUCAAAGGGCUCUGGAGGCCUGGGUCUGGCCCUCAACCCCUGUUGGCAGGUCCCUUCAAUCUCCCUACUUCUGAGAUGUGGGCUUCCAGACCCUUGGCACCUCAGCUGUCUCCCAGAGGAGUCGGGGAGCCCAGCCAAGGAUCUAAACAGCCUACAGGCUCCAGGCGCCCACCUCCCACAACACCCAAUACAAUACCCUCAGUUGCGAGGCCAAUCCUCAGACACCUCACAGCCUGCUCUGGGCUCCCAGGAUGCCAGGACCCCACCCCACCCGACCCCCGUGGUAUUCCCCACAACAGCUAGUCCUGGGUUCCAGGGUCCCUGGGAGCUCCAGAUGAGGGGUGUCUUCCAGGGCCAGUGGGGAGGGGGGUUGUGCGCCUGCAAGGCGUAGCUCAGCAGCCAGCCCACUCGGGACCCUUAUGGGGGCUCCUUCGCGAGGGGAGUGUCAGAGCGGCCCCCACCCGGGCGACUCAGCUGGUGCAGCGGUGGGAUGACCUCAGAUGUGCUGUGGCUCUGGGGUGUCGCCUAUGCCCCCCUCCUCCCAGACCCUCCUAACACUUCCAUCCCCAUUGGAUCCUCUCCCUCCGACCCCCCACUCAUUCUGCGCCCGCUGGGCGGGGCGCCCUGGCCAAGGCAGGAGGCGCGGAGCUCAGAGCCUAGCGGCCCGAGGGGGCGGAUGGGGGGCGCGGGUGGGGGGCGGGCCUGGCUCCCCGGCUCCGCCUGCACUGUCUUAAAUGCAGCCGCGCAGUGUCUGGCUGCUGGCCCUACAACGCGGAUCAGGGUGCGGGGUGAAGUGGAGAACCUAGGCCGGUGCGGUGAGACGCGGCUUGGUGUGGAAUUCCUGGAUGUAUGCUGGGCGGCAUGGAGAUCCCAAGUCAUUGCGGGGCGAUGCGGGGCGGCUUGGAGCCCCCAGCACACUGGGGGGCGGGGCGGGGAGGUGUGGAGUUCCCGGGCCUAGGAAGAGCGGUGCCGGGCAGCAUGCAGCCCCCGGGUGUAUGCGGGGCGGUGCGGGGAGGCAUGGAGCCCCCGAGUCAAUGCGGGGCGGCGCGGGGCGGCGUGGAGCCCCCGAGUCAAUGUGGGGCGGCGCGGGGUGGCGUGGAGGUCCCGGGCCACGGCGGGCGUGUGCUGGGCCGCCUGCGGGCACAGCGGGAGCGCGGGUUCCUGUGCGACUGCUGGGUGCAGGUGGGCCCCGCGCGCUUCCCCGCGCACCGCGCCGUGCUGGCCGCCUGCAGCGGCUACUUCCAGCUCUGCUACCGCGACCGGCCGGCGGGCGCCCGCGAUGCCCUUCGGCUCAACUGCGACGUGGUGACCGCUCCUGCCUUCGGCCGCCUGCUGGACUUCAUGUACCGCGGCCGCCUGGAUCUGCGCCGCGUGCCGCUGGAGGACGUACUGGCUGCCGCCAGCUUCCUGCACAUGCACGACGUCGUCCAGGUGUGCAGGGGCCGGCUGCACGCGGGCAGCCCGCCCCAGCCCCGCCCGGGCGCCCCAGCCCCGCCACCGCCAUCGCCACCGCCCAGGUCCAACCCGCUGGACCUGUCCCUGAAACCUGGCCGGAGUGGGGCCCCGGGGACGCCCCGUGGGCAGGACGCGCCGGGACACGAAGACCCCGCGGGGCCUCGCAGCCCACCGCGGGCACCCCUGCUUCCCGCAGCGGCGCGCGGGCCCUCCGGGCUGUGCCGGCUGUCCCCGGCUGCCCAGGACAUGCAGCCGCACCCCCGCAGCCGGAGACCACCCGACGGCGCGGCGCCCACCUGCGCUCGGUGCGGGAAGGCUUUCUCCUGCGCCUAUACGCUGCGGCGGCACGAGCGCACGCACUCCGGCGAGAAGCCGCACACCUGCCCCCGCUGCGGGCGCGCCUUCCAGUACGCGCACAAUCUCCGCCGCCACGCCGUGGUGCACACCCGCGAGAAGCCUCAUGCCUGCCGCUGGUGCCCGCGCCGCUUCACGCAGUCCGGGGACCUCCACCGCCACGAGCGCAAGUUCCACAGCGGCCUGGCCACCGCCCCGCUGGCCUGAGCCCCAACCACGGACUGGGUGGACUGUUCCGGAGCAUCUCUGCCGCACGGUCCCUAGGGGACCCUGGCUCCGCGGGGUGCUGGUGUGUGACCCCGCCCACGCCCCGAGAGGCUGCCGGUCGGUCCCCAGUUCAGGCUGCGCUGCCCCGUGCGUCUCCGUUGGGGGGCGUGGAGGAACGGCCCUCCCACCGGGUCCCCGGCUGCCAGUGCCAGCAGGACCUCACGCACAGCUGCCGGCGCGGGUGCGUCCCCAGCGGGGACCGCAGCAGGAGCGGGACAGCAGGAAGCUGAGAGGCUGAGGGGGAGGGGUCCGGACCCACUGUGACCAGGGCCAAGCAGGGGCUCUUGGGAAGGGUACUCCGAGGACCCUGUGGUGCUGAAGGUCCCCUGGCAAGGGAUGCAGGUGCCCUGUACCAGGAGAUGUGGCGUUUGUGGGAUCUCCUUCCCUCACCCGCAGGGGCUGCCUUGUCCUCAGGGGCUGGGUUGUGUCUUGUGAAAAGGGAGGAGGCUGCCCCAUCCAGCGGGGUUGUGGGGUGUCACAGGGCUGGGAACACAGCUCUUCCUCCUCCCCUUAGAUGCGGUGUCCUGUUCCCUCAGCUCCCUGGGCCCCUGAGACCCUGACCAGGGGUGUUAGUGUGUGACCCCACCCAUGCUCUUCUGGGGUGGCUCGUGGGGGUGCUUAGGAUGAGGGCCACCCCCCCCCCACACACACACACCGCUGGUCUGAGUGUGCUCCAUGACCUGGUGUCCCUGUUUGAGGCAAAGGUCUUCCUGGGGCAUGAUACCAGGUGUUACAUGGUCCCUGUCUUUGCUCAGCAGGGAAGCAGUCACUGAUGCUGUCCCCUCUCUGUGUGGUGGGGAUGUGUAUAUUGUAUCCAAUGAUAUAGAAGCGAGAAGCAGCGGUGGGACAGUGUGGGGACGCUGCCAUAUUGGUCCCCUGUCACCCUGCCCCGUGAUAGUUUGUAUGUGAGUCCCUGUCCUCACCCUCUUUAAGUGGCAGUGGUGACAAUAAAGCCCACCCAGGUGGACUGUGUGAUUA